AUGAGAACAGGAACAGUUGAUGAGGCCCGACCGGCAAAGCCACGGUGGGGAGAGCUAGAUGAGGAGGACGGAGAUCUGGACUUUCUUCUGCCGCCGAAGGAGGUGAUCGGACCCGACGAGAACGGCAUCAAGAAGGUGAUUGAGUACAAAUUCAAUGAUGAAGGCAGAAAGGUGAAGAUCACUACUACCGUUCAGACUCGGAAGCUCGCUAGAGCUAGGCUCAGUAAGCAGGCCGUCGAGCGCCGCUCGUGGGUCAAAUUCGGCGACGCUGUAAAGGAGAACGCCGGCGAAAGCCGAACCUUGGUCUCCACUGAAGAGAUCCAUCUUGAGCGCCCUAAGGCUCUUGGUAGUAGCAAGGCGGCAGAACCAGAACCUUUGGCCCCCAAAAAUAACGCUACUUACAUCAAAUGCAGGAACUGUAUGGGUGAGCACUGGACUUCGAGUUGUCCGCACAAGCAUCUUUUCCAAGAUACAGAAGCAUCUGAAGUCCCUGUAGCAGAUACCAAAGCUCCUGAACCCGGCAAGACUGCAUAUGUUCCUCCACGCUUGAGACCUGGGGCAGACAGAUCCGAAGUAAAACCACGAAGGAAUGAUGAGAAUUCUGUUCGUGUCACCAACCUUUCGGAGGAUACAAGGGAGGCCGACUUGCGGAAACUUUUCGAGCCUUUCGGCGAGGUUACCCGUGUUUACGUCGCUCUUGACAAAGAAACUCAAGUCAGCAGAGGAUUUGGUUUUGUUAACUUUGUGAGGAGGGAAGAUGGGCAGAAAGCUAUCAACAAAUUGAAUGGGUAUGGUUACGACAAUCUCAUUCUUUGA